AUGGCCGGGCACAUGCAAGACACUGAGCCAGGAACACAUAGCCUCCCUUCCAUCCUCGAGAUCCAUGGCAGCAACACUCCAACUCUCCGACGAGUCCCGCACGCUGCCCGACACUCGUGGAGCAAAGCCCUCACCCGUGCCUUGGCGCUCGCACACCACCACAACACAGAGGCGGCAUGGAAGCAAUUGCUCAUGCUGCCCCAAGCAGUCUUGGAUGCGCCACCGCGCGGGGGCAAAAAACAUCACAAGGCUCUGGCGGCCUACACAUUGGACCGCCUGGCCCGAUGGCACGAAGGGGAGCGGAUGGCUCUGUGGACCAGCCGGCACUCUCCACCCAAACCUCGGCGCCAGAGCCGUACUUCCCAACAGCGGCGGGAACUUGCCACAGGGCUAGCACGUGAGGGCUGGGAUGGCAAAGCCUGUGCUGCCCUGCUGGCGGAACACAACAGCCACAUCUCCAACCACCAGAUCCCCAACAGAUGCCGCUCUGUGCUGACAUCACGCCUGAGACGGUUGCAGCCGCCCUCCGCAGCUUCCUGGCCGGCACAUCGCCAGGGCCCACCGGCCUCCGGGCCCAACAUCUUCUGGAUGCAAGCUCGCCUGGAGACACAGACUGCUUCAUCCACGCCCUCACCUGCCGAUCGCAUUGGGGAGAUCCUUCGCCGCCUUGUCGGGAAGUGCCUCCUCCGCCAGAUCCGGGACGAAGUGCGCACUUCCCUUUGGCCAGCUCAAGUUGGGGUUUGCGUGCCGGCAGGGGCCGAAACUGCAGUGCACACUGCCCGUGCGUGGGUUCACAGACACGGCAAUAGUGCCGGGAAAGCGGUUGUGAAACUCGACUUCCACAAUGCCUUCAACACUAUCAGCCGCGCUGCCGUGCUGCAGGCGGUGCAGGCCCGCUUCCCCGGCCUCACGCGCUGGGCUUGGUGGUGCUAUGGGGGCCACACUUGCCUUCGUUUUGGGUCCUCCACAUUGACCUCGGCGGGCGGUGUGCAACAAGGAGAUCCACUUGGUCCCUUCUUCUUUGCGCUUGCCAUCCAAGCUCUCGCUGAGGAGCUCCAACAAGGGGUUGACUUGGCGGUGUUCUACCUCGACGAUGGGCUCCUUGCAGGUGACAUCGCUGCAGUACCCGCAGCUUUGACCUACCUUCAACACCGGGCUGCCUUGCUGGGCCUCACCCUGAAUUUGCACAAGUCCGAAGUGAUUGCGGUGGGGUCGACGUCGCCGGCCGACCUUGAUGUCCACUUCCCAGCGACAUUGCUGUAUACAGCGACGGGGGCCAGCCGGCUCAUGCGCAACUUUGAGCUCUUGGGCGCCCCCAUUGGCGAUGACGCUUUCUGCGCUGCCCACACCGUUGGCCGAGUGGAAGCCGCCGAGCGGCUGCUCGAUGGCAUCGCCGACUUGGAGGACCCGCAGAUUGGGCUCCGGCUGUUGCGCCGAGCCGCUGGGCAUUCCCGCCUAGCCCGCAAUCUUAGAUGCGCCGCGCCUGGCCCGCAAGGUCGUGCUUUGAGGCACUUCGACGAUCUUGUUCGGACCUGCUUCGAAACUUUGACCGGCUUGCAUCCAGAUGCUGCUCAAUGGGAACAAGCUACAAGAGGGCUUGGGCACGGCGGCCUGGGGUUGCGAAGCACGGUGCGGGACAGCGCUGCUGCAUACCUUGCUUCGGUUGGUGGGUGCUCUGUUGCUUGCACGCAGCUUGAUCCACACUACUCUGCAAUUGCUGACAGCCAUGCCGCUUCAGCUUUGUCCACCUACAAUCAAGUGCUUGGCACGGCGAGCCCCCUCACCCUGGAAACUGCAUUCAGCUUGAGACAAAAAGCAUUGACGCUGAAGCUGGACAUCGCCUCCUGGGAGCGGCAGCUUGCCUCCUCCACGGUUGCUGGACGUGCAGUCCUUUUGUCUGAGGCUGAGCCGGGAGCCCGAGCUUUCCUGAUGCCUGGUGCCCGCAAUGCGACUCUGUGCUUGACCGCUUCUCCUACCAUGGCUGGGGGGGAACGGGUGCAGCGUCACAACGCUCUCCGAGACCUUCUCCACUGGUGGCUCGACGUUGCUGGCCUCAAGCCCGAGAAGGAAAAACCCGGACUCCUUCUGCCACACCGACCUGAUGAUAGCGUGGCUGAGCGACGCCCUGCCGACAUUUUCUUGCCGACCUAUGCUGGCUCUCCAACCGCCCUUGACCUUGCCGUGACGGCGCCAUUGCGGGCGGAGAGCUUGACGGAGGCGAGCAACACUCCGGCAGCGGCUGCAGCAUCUUAUGCUCAGGUGAAGCGGGCCCACUUGGACACUGCUGCCGUAUGCGCCCGCCAAGGCCUGAGCUUCAAGCCUCUGGUCCUUGAGUGCACAGGGGCAUGGGAGAGAGAAGCCGCCAAAUUCCUACGCCACGUCUCAGGGUCCGUUGCUGUCCGGACUGGACAGGACGUGCCCCAGGUUCAUGGCAAGCUCUUGCAGGAGUUGUGUGUGGUUGCACGCUGCCACCGCGCCCGAGCUGUGCUUCGACGGCGUGCUGGACUGGCCUCUGCCUCGGCGGCGGACUUUCUUGUGCAACCUGCGAUCCCCCAACUUGUGCGUCUGCUUUUCCAGUCGGUGGGGAUUUUUGCCAUUUCUUUGGCCCAGUGUGGGAAUGGGGUUGCCGCGGCACCCUCUGUUCUGACGGGCCACCAGAUUCUUCGGCACGCCACCGUUGCUGUAUACCUGGAUGUUUUUGGCAUCGCACUGACUGCCAUGGCUGCCUGUGACAUGGACGAGACAUCAACAGAUGGUUUUGAAGAACUUGGAGUGUCACGCCAAGGGAAGGUUGGCUACUUUGCCUUGAGCGAUUCCUCAGGUGUCAAGCCUUGCAUCGGGUUCACGUGUGCCCAGAAUGCCUGGCUUUCGUGCCAGGAAGUUCAGCCAAGACCUGCCCCGGUGCCAGGAUCGAGACACAAAACUGCCACGAAGAAGCCUCCCAAUCCCCUGUUGAGAUUUCUGGUCAUGUUUGCAAGGAAUCCAAACUACACCGAAGAUCCCGAGACAUGCAACCAUGCAGUCACUGACAAAAGAGGAUCAACCAAGAGCACAAGCAGAACGUUUUGUCUGCUGUGUGGAACUCAUGUGGACGAGAUGCCACGUGAUGAGGGACAGCGCAGGGAAGCCUUGGGAAGGGCUGUGAGUCAGUCUGCUGCACCCUUGGUAGAUCUGGCAGAAGACGUGUUGAAAUAUGAGCGGUUGGAAUUGCUUUUGAAUACUGGGGACUCAGUAGCGGUGAUGCACCAGUUUCAACAGGAUUGUGAAGUGGAAUUGAACCAUGACCCCAACAUGCGCGCCAGCACCAUGUCCCCAUCUGGACAGCAAGUGCUGAUCUACACUGCAGGGAAGGACUUUUGCCCUCCACUGGAUGCCUAUGUGAACGAUCCAUCAGCGCGCAACCUUGAGAGAGUUUGCCAUAACUUUGGCUUGGGUGACAGGGAAGUCUUUGUGGUUGACACAUUGGAGCUUGGAGACCCUCAUCAUGACAAGAGUUUGAGGAGUCACAUCGGAACUCACCCUGACAUUUUGGCAGGGCUUGUGCGCAAUGAUUGGACCAUGCAGAUCAUGCACGCCUUGAUCAGAAAGGUGAAGCAGUUUGUUGAAGAUGGGAAGUCAGUUGCAGUCGUGGCUUACUGGAGCGUUGCCCUGGGUUGGUUGGUGGCUGUCGUGGCAGAUGUGAUCACUGCCACCAUGUCAACAUGGACGCCAGGCAGCUCCCACAGCACCAGCGCCAAGGGCACCUGUGGCCAAGGCGGCAAGCGCUGGCCCACCUGCACGCGCAGUUCCCCCACCAAAGACCCCACCUAUGAGAUGCCCAUCGCCAAGGAGGCGCGUCAGAUGAGUGUGGAGUCUGUGUUGGCUGGUUGGCCAAGUCACUUGGACCUUCCUGCAAAGGAGGGUGAUGGCACCUCCUGGAACCACAGAGUCGAGGCCCAUGGACUUUCUGUGGAGCUGUUGGAUGCCAUGUGGUAUGCAGCUGCUGUGGACCAUCAGACCGGCUACAAGCAGAAGUGCUUGCGUUGGAUUGGCCCAUACUUCCCAGGCACGACAGCAGAAGAAAGGAAGGUGCAGACAGUUGAACAGAACAACAUGUCGUCCAAUGUAAAAGUGGCAGUGCUUGGCCCUGACUACAUUGGACUGUGCCUGCAGGAGGAAUCCUCUGACAGGAAGACCAUCAGGAGAUCAUGGGCGUCACCGUCCAUGAGAUGUGAGGGAUGGAGCAUCAGCAUCUACGACUACAUUGACAGAAGCUGGACAGUGGAAGGGACCUACCCCUGUGGUGAUGACUUGGGAUACCAUCAUGAGUCCACAGGUCGGAUCCUGGUGUAUGCUCCCACGCAGGAAGCUGAGGCAUCAUCUCCCCAAGAGCCUGGUGAUCCUGGAGACGCGGAGGAUGGAAACGGUGAUGGGGACGCCCCUGGCGAUGAUCAGGAGGAAGAAAAGGACGAUGACGUUGAAGAGAUCACUGAAGAGGACGGCACGCGCCUUGCGCUUGAUGCAGAGAUGGAAACAACGGAGAACCAAGAACCCAUGGAUGUGGUUGAGGAAAUUCCCACUGCUCAUGCUGCAGUGACUGCCCCAAAGGAAGAACAAGGUGAUAAUCCCCCUGAACAGAAGACCCCUGAACUUAAGGCUUUGGGAGUUACUGAGGGAGAAACCCCUGAAAAGGUCAGCAUGCCUGGAACGUUCACUAAGGCCAUGACACCAAUGCAUCCCAGCAAGUACAUCGAUCUGGCCAGUGACGAUGAUGAUCCAAGCGGUGCUGCUGGUUCUGAGACAACAACAGCUGUUGUGAAGCUGGAGGUGAAAACAGAGUCCCAGCCAUGUGCGUUGUUGGGAGCCCUGAUGUCCACAGAGUCAAGGGUAAUGGACAAAAAGGAAAACCUGGUUGACAAGAGCACUUGCUUUGGUGGUGAUCUGUGCCUGUUUGUUGCAGGAGACCGUGAAGAUGCCUUGAGCAGGCUGGCCAAGGAGUGGAACGAUGGUCAAGUGUCCAUGACACCAAGGACGUUCCAGGACGCAUGUGGCAUGGAGUUUCAUGAGUUGUUGAAGGGUCAUUCAGAGAAGCUUUACCUAGAUAGGUACGCACAGACAUGUUGUGUUGGUGAAGCUUUGGAUGAGCUAUCUGGAUCAGAUGUCCAGAUGCUGGAUGAUCCCAACAAGCCUCUGACUCCAGCAGAGAAUGAACAACUCAUGUUGGAUCAACUUGCAAUCCCUGGAGCCCCAUUGGAUGAGGUCCAGAGGAGAGCGCGUUGGAGAGCACUGCCCACACGAACUAGGAUUGCCAUCCGACGUCUGCACAGGCAAUUUGGCCAUCCAACACCUGCUACCUUGAAGAACAUCCUGAAGGCAGGAAGGGCGUCUCCUGAGCUGAUUGAGGCAGCUCGAUUGGUGAGGUGCCAGGCAUGUGAGGACUCUGCAAAACCCCCGAGAGACCAUCCAGUUGGGAGCCAUUUCAACUUUGAGUUUAACGCUAUGUUGGGUUUUGACGUACUGGAAAUGAGAGAUCAUUUGGGGGGUAAGUACUCAGUGAUGUCAAUGGUUGACGUUGCAACGGGUUUUCACAUGUGUGAAGUUGUCAAGGAAGGUGGAGGACAGCCUACUUCAGAGGCAUGUGCCAAAGCGCUGAUGACCAAGUGGAUUGCUUGGGCUGGUUAG